AUGGAAACCGAAUCAGUAGAAACUCCUCCUCCUCCUCCACCACCGACAACAACAACAGCAUCGUCAUCCGCAAGUGCAUCUUCAAGUACUGACCCAAAACUUCCAGUAUGUAUACUUGUACUUGGUAUGGCUGGUGCUGGUAAAACAACAUUUCUCCAACGUAUAAAUGCUUAUUUACAUAGUGAAAAAAAUCCACCUUAUGUUGUUAAUCUUGAUCCAGCCGUUCAUGAAUUACCAUAUCCAUGUAAUGUUGAUAUUCGUGAUACAGUCAAAUAUAAAGAAGUUAUGAAACAGUAUGGUCUUGGACCGAAUGGUGCCAUUGUAACAUCUUUAAAUUUAUUUUCCACAACAUUUGAUCAAUUAUUAUCGAUAUUAAAAAAAAAUGAAACAAAACAUAAAUAUUAUAUAUUUGAUACACCAGGUCAAAUCGAAGUAUUUACAUGGUCAGCAUCAGGUACUAUUAUAACUGAAGCAUUAGGAGCAACUUACCCAACAAUUAUUGUCUAUAUUAUGGAUACACCACGUUCAUCAAAUCCAAUAACAUUUAUGUCCAAUAUGCUUUAUGCUGUAUCUAUACUUUAUAAAUAUCGUUUACCAUUUAUAGUUGUUUUAAAUAAAACGGAUAUAAUUCAUCAUCGUUUUGCAAUAGAAUGGAUGAAUGAUUUUGAAUUAUUUCAAUCAGCUAUUGAACAAGAACAUUCCUAUUCAACUGAUUUAUGUCGAUCAUUAAGUCUUGUAUUAGAUGAAUUUUAUACAAAUUUACGUUGUGUUGGUUUUAGUUCAAUGACCGGUGAUGGUUGUAAAGAAUUUUUUGAUGCUGUUAAUGAUGGAUGUCAUGAAUAUGAACAUGUUUAUAAAGUUGAAUAUAAUAAAUGGCAAGAUAAACGAUCAAAACGUGAAAGUGAUAGACGUGAAAAAGAUUUAAAACGAUUAAAAGAUGAUAUAGAUGCAGGAUCAAGUCUUAUUGGUGAAAAACGUAUUCGAUACGAUGAUAUUCAUAAUGAUGAAGAAAGUGAUGAUGAUGGUGAUGAUGAUAACGAUGAUGAAGAUAAGAAUAAUAAUAAUGAUGAUGAUGAUUAUGAACGUGAAGACGAAUCAUUUAAAAGAUAUUUAUCAAAACAUAAACCGAGUAAUACUACUAUGGAUACGUAA